UGAGUGCUGAGUGAAUGGAGAAGCCGCUUCCGUCUUGUAGUAUGUGCGAUUAGUCUUCGUCUUCUGUCAAUAACUACACCGCCGCCGCUACUGCACGGAUAGAUAACCGGCCCGGCAGUCCUGUCCUAUAAGGUACACAGCUAAAUGGUAGAAAAUGGCCGCAAAGCUAAAUGAUCAGGAACGCAUCCUACAACUUGAAGAAGUAGUAAGCAACCUAACAGAAGAACUGACCCAGUGCCAGGCUGAUAAAGAAUUCGUAUGGUCACUAUGGAAGCGCCUUCAAGUAUUAAAUCCAGAUAUAACACAAGCCAUUUCCUUGGUAGUUGACAGGGAAAAAAAUAAAGCCGAGGCCAAAGACAGAAAAGUUCUGGAAAUCUUGCAAACAAAAGACAGCAAAAUACAGGAGCUAGAACAGAGAGCAUCAGGACAGCAGCAGGAGAUAAACAACCUUGUACAGAGAAAGAUUGCUGUAGAUGAAGAAAAUGCUUUACUCAAAAAGGAACUAGAUGACCUCCAACAAAAAUUAAAAGAUAAAAGUCUGGAGCUUAAGAACACUACGGAGAAAUCACAAAAAGAAGAGGAACAGAGGACAGCCAUUUUAAAAAAUUUUGAGCACAAGAAGGAGGAAUUAAGUGAGAAAUGUGCCAACCUGCUUGCCGACCUGGAAAAAGCACAGAAGCAGGAGGCACAGUGGAAAGGGGAGAAGUCUGGCAUUGAUGCCAAAAUUAAGGCUUUAGAACUGCAUUUGAAAGAAGCUGGUAAUCAGAUGGAGGCCAUGCAUAGUAAAAUAAAUGGCCUGUCUUCACAGGUCGCUGUCAAGCAGACUGAGCUGGCACAGAAGGAGCUUGAUGUGGCUAGAUUAAGAAGGGAGUUAAAAGAACUUCAGAAUCUCUACAAACAAAGCAAUGAGCAUUCUUCACAGCAGGCUGAACUUAUACAGCAGCUGCAGAUGCUCAGUAUGGAUACACAGAAAGUUCUGAGAAAUCAGGAAGAUGCUCACUUCACAGAGACUGUAUCAUACCAAAAACUUUAUAAUGACUUGAAUGCAUGUUAUGAAACGGCAAAAUCCAGUGAGACUCAACUGCGGCAAAGUAAUAUUGCUCUUACUGAACAGCUACAUCAAAAGGAACAGCAUAUUAGUCAACUGCAAGUGAAACUUCAAGAGGCCCUGAAUGCAUUACCCAAGUCAUCUCAAGAACCUCAGGACUUGGAACAUUCAUCCCUCGUGGAACUGGAACUCAUAAUAGCUUCACAGAAAUCAGAAAUCAAAUUUCUACAGGACAAACUUAAAGCAGUGGAUCUCAAGUUAACACAAGUAAAUAAUUGUGGAAGGGAUGCACUUGAGAGCAGCAUCCUGAGGGCUGGGAGAACACACGAGGUGCAACCUGUGAAACGUUCAAGGUCUUUGUCCCCAAAGGGCUUUUCCAGAGAAUCAGAAGUGUUAAAGAAGCUUAAGAUAGCAGAAAAGCAGACUGAACAUCUAGAGAAGACAUUGCAGAUUAAGGUUCAGGAGAAUGUACAACUACGAAAAGCGCAUGAGCAUCGUAAGCAGAGGUUAUUGACAUUGCAGGCUGCUUACAGGACACUUAAAGAACAAAUGGAAGAGAUAGAAGAUGGAGGAGCCAGAAAGAAGUCUCGUAAGAAUCGGCCUACCCGUGCAGAUCCUUCUCAGCUUAGACAAGAAGACUCGGAUGCAGUUUGGAAUGAACUUGCCCACUUUAAGAGGGAAAGUAAAAAGCUACUGGUUGAAAAAUUGAACUUGGAAGAAGAAAUAGAUCAGCUUAAAGUGCAGACUUCAGUAGACAAAGCCACAAUACAAGAAUUAAAUGUUUGUCUCCAGCAAGAACGAGAAGAAUUGCUGUUGAAACUUGACAAAGAGGAAGAUGUCAGGAGCAGUACACCAAGAAAAUUUAAAGGAGAGAAUGAACAGCAUAUGUUGAUGAAGGUAAGCUGUUUGGAAAAAAGACUGAUUGAAUUAGAGAGUGUGGCUAAGAAAUUGAAGGAGGCCAAUGAAGAGUUAACAGAACAGAACGCCUUCCUAAAGACCUCUAUAAACCACCUUCACAAAGAGGUAGAUUUAAAAGAGCAAAAGAUGCAGGAAAUAAGUUGGGAAGUUUUGGAAAUAAACCAAGCCAGAGACUCUCUUGAGAAGAGGAAAGAUGACCUGAAUAGGGAAGUCACAUCCCUGAAGAAACUUUUGGCAGGCAGCAACAAGCUGAGAAGUGAAAAACGGGAACUGGUAAAGCAGGUUCAAUUCCUACAGCGCACGCUAGACAAGGCCAUAGCAUCAGCCCCUGCUGUCCCUAAAGAGGUGAAUAGGCAAGGCCGAAGAAAAGAAUUGGGAACCAAGGUUAAACAAAAUGAAGCAAAGAAGAUCUCCCUGAGACGUCACCAGGCUUUUCUUAAUCAAUCUAUCAAGGUUAUGAGCAGCGUGUUUGAGAACUUUAGCAAAGACGGCUGGGAGGAUGUGAGUGAAGACAGUGAUGCUGAGAGCGAAACAACUGAGAGAAUGGAACACGUUAUUGUACAGACUACAAGCUCUUCUGCAGAGGAAAGCAGUGCUGUGGAAGAAAGAGACAGUGUGGAACUUACACAUGAUAUUUGGAGAUUAAAGGAUGGCCUACCUGGCAGGGGAUCUAAGAAGACAACCCGAAAAAGGUGCAAUUUCAGAUUAAAGUGCCAUCCAUCAACCGGGCGAGUACGAAAAGAAAAGUGGCAGAAAAGUUCCCCUGGCACAUCACUGACAUCAUUGCUUGGAAGAGUUGCCUCUUUACAGCACCACGUAUCAGUAUUGCAUAAAGGGAAAGAGGCCGCAAUUGCUUCUAUGAAUGAAUUGAAGAAAGAUAACAUAAAACUAGCGUCUGAUCUGCAGCUGGCACACCAAAGACUUCAAAUCAGCAAGCAGAUGGCAAAGAAGUUAUGUUCAGAUUUAGCUGAUUUUCAACGGGAAAAAGAAAAUUUGGAACAAACCAUAGAACAGAUGACCGAACAGCUGGCCCAAGCCAAAAGGUCUUUGGAAAUGGUGAGCCCUGUGGUCUUGGAUCAACCUGUAGUGACUUCAUUAACUCCCUCAAAAACGACAGAUGUGGAAAUGAAGCAACUCCAGACCAAACUAAAGAAUAUGACUGUUGAAAUGGCCAAACAGUCCACGACAAUUAAAGCCAUGAAAAAUGAAGUACAGGAAAGGGAAGAACGAAUUCGGGAACUGCAGGAAAGGGUGGCUCGGAUGGAAAGGGAUGUCAACAUGAAAAGGCAUUUGAUAGAGGAUCUGAAAACACGUCUGAAAACCUACCAGGAAAACGAGAGACCGAGCAAAGAAAUGUUGGAAAGUCUUGAAAGGAAGCUAAAGACGAUGACUGAAGAAUGUUCUCAGAAGAAAGCAUCAAUUGAUUCCUUAAAACAGAGGCUCGGUGUCAUCAGCAAGGAAAAGACACAAUAUGAACAAAUGUAUUACAAAUUAAGAGAGAACCUGGACAAAAAGAAUGGAAAAGUCAAUGACUUGGAAAGUAAGUUGACUGAAGCUGAACGUACAAUGUCUGAACUGGAAAAGGCAGCUACACAACAACUGCACAACUUAGCAAUGCAGAGUGAGCAAGCCUUGGAGAUGUUACAGAGCAAACUCUUACAUGGCAAUAAAAGAAUUGAUGAGUUCAGCACAUUUGUGAAGAACUUGGCAAAAGAACUUCAAGUGGAUGUAUGUGAAAUUAGAAGUCAUAUUAGACAAGUCAAGCUUUUGCAAGAGUCUGAAAGUGGUCCAUCCAAACAGUCUGUACACAGAGCCCAGUCACUAGCAGCUAGCAUCCUCAACAUCUCACACUCUGAUCUCAGUGAUAUACUUGAGGCGCCAGAUGAAGAGGAAAUGGCAAACGUGAAGCGGUCAGUAGAGUAUGAUAAAGAAUGGAUGAACCAUAUUGUGAAGCUUCUUGAAGGACAGAUUCCCUUUGCUUCUUUACUAAUGGACACAAUCAGGACUAAACUUGAUGAGAAAAAGAGACUGACAGAAGAAUACACUGUGUUAAAAGCAAAGGAUUCCAGGUGAACUUUAAAAGAAUAAAAAUGAGGUGAUGGAUACAGAAGAAAAGUCCAUUUAAAACCAAAAGAGGACUGAAGCGAUGUUGUAUUACUGUGUCUGAUGCCAUUAUAAGCUUCUAUUGUAUCUGUCCUGGGCACCUGUAAUUUACAUUGUUGUUGCUGCAUAGAGAACAUCAACCACUGUUUUCCCUAAUAGCUUUUGUAAGGACUGAGAAGAAAAUGAGGAACACUAAAGGAAAAAAAAUGGGGAACACCUCUGUCAUAAACAUUUCAAAUGUUACAUCUGAUCCUUGUCUGAGUAUAUUUGAUGUGUAUACAUUCAUAUUCUUAUACAUAUAUUGUAUUUACAUGUAUAUUUUAUAAGCUAUUUAAAUUAGUAUUUAUUUUUUACCUUCUUUAAAUCUUGAUGUACAAAUAAAAACAU